AUGCCACAGCCCGGCCCGACCGGCCUCCGUCUCCCGGUUUCUCCGUUUGUCGUCACCCCCGCGGUGGAAAACAGCUUUAAAAGAGCCCGGUUAUUUGCUGCUUCCUCGCUACGCAGCCGGGCCGGCGGCAAAGGCCUGACGUGCCUCUUCCUACGGGAACCGGAGUGUGAUGGGGGCGCCCCCGCCCUCGGGGCCCACCCUGCCGGGACCGCCGCGCAGCGCCAAGGAAAGCGCCAAGAGCAGCAGCUCGCCAGUGAGAACGGUGCCCACGCCGUCCCCGGGGCUGCGGGGCCGGAGGGCCGCAGGGGGACAUCUCGAGGAGCAGCCCCCAAGGGGUCACCGGCUGGAGGAGCAGCCCCCGGGGGGGCAGCGGCCGCUGGCAGGGACAGGCAGGAGCAGGCAGCGGGCAGCAGCCCCGGAACGCACAGGGUCCUGUCGGUGGAUGCAACACUUGCCCCGAGAGACCCCCAAGCUCCCGGCCAGUUUGGGCACCCUGUGGCAGUCCCUGACGGAAAACAAGAAGAAGCAAAAAGCAGAUGGAAAGAAGGAAACUUCAAUGUCUACCUCAGCGAUCUGAUCCCCGUAGACCGAGCCGUAGCGGACACCAGGCCUGCCGGGUGCUCGGAGCAGCGGGUUCAUGACGACCUCCCGACCACCACCAUCAUCAUGUGCUUCGUGGAUGAAGUGUGGUCCACCCUCCUCCGCUCCGUCCACAGCGUCCUCAGCAGAUCUCCUCCGCAUCUCAUCCAAGAGGUCAUUUUGGUGGAUGACUUCAGCACUAAAGAGUACCUCAAGGAGAAGCUGGACAAAUACAUGUCGCGCUUCCCGAAAGUGAAGAUCCUCCACCUGCCGGAGAGGCAUGGGCUGAUACGGGCCAGGCUGGCGGGAGCGCAGAUCGCCAAAGGCGCCGUCCUGACGUUCCUGGACUCGCACGUGGAGUGCAACGUGGGCUGGCUGGAGCCGCUGCUGGAGAGGGUCCGCCUGAGCCGGGCCAAGGUCGCCUGCCCCGUCAUCGAGGUCAUCAGCGACAAGGACAUGAGUUACAUGACUGUGGACAACUUUCAGCGUGGGAUUUUCACUUGGCCGAUGAAUUUUGGAUGGAGGCAGAUUCCACAAGAGGUCAUUGAGAAAAAUAAAAUCAAGGAAACGGAUAUAAUAAGGUGCCCUGUCAUGGCAGGUGGCCUGUUCUCCAUCGAUAAGAAGUACUUUUUUGAGCUGGGAGCAUACGACCCAGGACUGGAUGUUUGGGGAGGUGAAAAUAUGGAGAUUUCAUUCAAGGUCUGGAUGUGUGGGGGAGAGAUUGAGAUUGUUCCGUGCUCUAGAGUUGGGCACAUUUUCAGGAACGACAAUCCUUAUUCCUUCCCGAAAGAUCGGGUGAGAACAGUGGAGAGGAACUUGGCCCGUGUUGCGGAGGUCUGGCUGGACGAGUACAAGGAGUUAUUCUACGGCCACGCUUACCACUUAGUCUUGAAAAACUUGGAUGUUGGCGACCUGACUCAACAAAUCCAGCUGCGAAAGAAGCUUCGGUGCAAAAGUUUCCGGUGGUACCUGGAGAACGUCUACCCGGACCUGGAAGCUCCCCUGGUUAAAGCCAGCGGGCUGAUUGUUAAUGUAGCCACAGCAAGAUGCAUCACUGUGGAAAACACCACCCUGGCUUUUGAGACAUGUGAUGUUAACAAUGAGACCGACCACAUCGUCUGGGAGCACCUCCCGCAGCCGGCGUGCUUGGAAGUGGAUCCUUCUCACAAAGCCCUGAGGGUAAACGCCUGUGACUCUGCAAAUCCUUAUCAGAAGUGGCAGUUUGGCAAUUACUAUGCAGACUGAAGGGAGCACAGCUGAACCAGAAACGCUGUGUUUUCAUCUUGUGAAUCCAGCGAGGACAUCUGUGCGACUUGUGACAGCAAUUACAAAACUGGAAGUUCAUUUCCAAAUGAUAAUUGAAAUCCGUAAUUUAAACCAGCAUAUUGAGAGACCAGAAUACCAAGAGCAGCACAUCUGGUUUAGCAAUGUCUGAAGCAGAUAGGCGUGCUUUUCCCUCACUGCGGGAGACUGGCAAAACCUCAAAUAAUUUUCUGUAUUAUUACAUGGAAAUAUUUUCUGAAGUCCCCCAUCCUACUGUAAGCAAACUUUAAUCAGUUCUCCCCAGACAUCAGCAUAAGCUACACAAGUACUUCCAAGGCUCUGUAGCCUGUAAACAGCAAGUUGGGCUGCUUAUUCUUCCGCAGAAAAUGGAAGUUUAUUGACCAAUGCAUUAAAAAAAAUCCAUCCGACAUGCCCGUGCUGGGUCUGGCCACAGAAUCCCGCCCUGUGGGACCCGUUGCCUCUGACAGAUGAGUAUCAGUGUUCCGUUAGGAAUCGAUUGUUUAUUGAAAAAGCUUUCUUUUAAUAAUGGGAGGCAAAUGUGGGUCGAUAAACCACCCAGCAGCCGAGGCAGGCCGGGGGCUGCGGCAGAAGCGAGGAGCGGGCCUUGCCCGCGCCCCGGGGACGAUGAGGACACUGCCUUGAUCUGCUCGGGGGCGAGAGAUCAGAGCCCGGCCGGGGAGCACCUUGUCCUGGGGCGGCCGGGCUGUCCCCACCCUGGGGCUGCUGUCCCCACCCUGGGGCUGCCGGGGCCCCAGCCGUGUCCCUGAGCCCCCGCAGCUUUUUAGGGGCUCUCCCAGGAUCGCUGCUGCUUUCCUCGGCCCCCGCCAGUGCUGGAGCCUGGUGAUGCUGGUGCAGCCCCAGGCAGGGUGGCUCCCCCUGCUCCUGCCCGGGCUUUCCCAGGGGCAGCAUUGCCCGCCAGCACUCGCAAGGGGUGAAAACACUGAACUCAGUCCUUUUCCCCAAAAAGGGGCUGCAGAACACAAGUGUGUGUACACACGCGUCACAGGGACCGUUGUGGAGGAGAACACAGUGCAACAAGACCUCGCCACAGCCCAGCUGCACGGCAUGGCCAGGCUAUGCACCAAAAAUCCCUCUGAAUUUACUGUCACGGGCAAAUUUUUUUUCUUACUGUGAAACUUUUUAUCUCCAGAAGCCAUCUCCAGUUUUUGAAGGGGCAGAUUUGACAGGAGAAUAAAUUCUGCUUUGACAGGGCAGUGAGAUCCAAGGCAGGGAACACCAGCAUGUCCCAGGCAGGAUUUCUUCCCUCAUUUCUGUCAGGAAGUUCCCGCUGUGGGAGCUGAGCCCUCACCAUCCCACGUUCACAAAUCCCCUUCUACCUCUCCUUUGGUUUUCAGAAGGCCCCAGCAAAACGUUCCCCCUCCCAUGGUGGAUCAACGCUGACAGCGUCUGACAGGCUGAGUCUGCCAAAAUAUUGACUGGCCCAACAGAUUUUUUCCAGUUGGCUUCAAUUCCAACUGUCUUCCUGAUUUCCUUCCGCGCAGCCAGCCUGCAGCCACCAUCAGGAAAAUGCCACAGAUGUUGUUUGUGCAGUCAUCUUUUAUCAGGAGCAUGAAUUUCAUCAGGUUCUGUUUGCUGACAUUCAAUCACUUGUCCCCGUGUAGGCACCGGGCCGUCGUGUGUCACGGUCACAGCCCAUUGCCAGCCUUGUCACUCGCACUCCCAUUGCCCGUUUCUGUAAAUGCUCACUUCCACCUCGGUGUGCUCUGCCCAAGGGCCGCGGCGUGCCGGGGGGCUGCGGGCAGGGAGCUGGGGCCCUGCCAGCCCACAGGAUUGCACCCGGAUUGGGCGGGGAUUUUCCGGCACACUCCGGCUCGUCCCCAGCGAGCUGCCCGCGCCUUUUGCCACCAUCUCCACUGCUGGCGCCUGGGUGUGCGGGAGGUUCGGGGCUGUGCAGGGUUUGUGAGCGUUAAGGAAAGUCAGGAAGGUACCACGGGUGGGAAGGAGCUGCCGUCAUCCCUGUCUUGGCAGCGGGAAAUGGGCGCAGCUUUUCCGAAUGAGAACAAAUGUCUCCUGAGCUGUGGCGGGGAGGGACGGGGCACGUCGUGCUGUGCUGCCAUCAGCAAGUGCCCCAAAUCAGAGUCGCCACGGUUGGAGGGCCCGUUUGGUUUGGUUUUUAAAAAAAAAAAAAAGUGUGAA